AUACGGAAUGCAUAUUUAUCCUUUCUUAAAGCUCUAAAUGAAAGUGGACAAUUAAUGAUGAAUAAACUGGCUUAUAGUCAGUAAUGUGAAAAUUCCAGAAUGCCCGACAAAAUCAUGCAAGAAUAAGAAAUAAUGGCAAAUACUACAAAAUAUCUUUUACCUGGAACAAAUGACAAUAUGAUACCAUUUGGCAAUCAGUUAGCACCAUCGUCAUGUAUCAUGUAUGAAUUAAGCUCAAUUAAUCGUAAUCCAUCGGUGAAUGAAACAAACCCAUUGAAACGGCAUUUAUCAGUUCGUGUUAGAAUUUAUCACUACUGUGUAUUAUUCACUUCAGUGUUCGGUUUAAUUAGUAUAUCAACAGCUUCUGUGAUAUUUUAUUUACAUACGGGUUACAAUUUAAAUCAAGAAAGAUAUCAAGUGAAUAUAGUCCAGAUGUCAAAGGAUGUUAGAGAAUUCUUUACAUAUGCCAAAUGGAUUUCCCUUUGUAUAUUUUGUUUUGGAUUAUUAUUAUUAUGCAUAAGUAUUAUCCUUUGUUAUUUUCAUAAAUCGUUUACCAGUAGUUCUUCAUCUAUUAGACAUGAUCAUCAACGAAUAAGUACAAACACAAGUAAUAUACAAGCGCCAACAAUAGUUCAUAACACUAGUAAUAACAGCAGUAAUCACUGCCUUAUAUCAGUAUCAACCAGCCAAGUAUAACUUAUAGCAAAUUUAAUGGAGAACAACUGGAGCACACGUUAAUGAUUCCAGUAUUACUUUGUUUUCUUAGAUGGAUGUUUUGAUUGUGAAACCUUCGUAUUCAUUCUGGACGAAGUGAAUAACAUCAAGUUAUAAUAAAAGUGAAGUUCCCAAAUUUCCAUUAGGUGCAAUAAGAAUCCUUCGUAACUAUCUUGAUAAGAACAUUGGAGAUUUUAUUACCAUCUUCAUUCAUAUUUUGCUAAACUUACAUUUGACCUCUUGACCACGCAGAUAUAUACAUAUAAGCUUUGACACAUGUACACAUCAGAAC